AUGGCGGACGGCAAUUUAUUCGACCAAGUUUACGAGCUCUUGGAUGUCAUCUCCCGAGGGCCUCAUUCUGAGCUCCGUCGAUGUAGAAGAAUUAAAGACGGUGAGCUCUAUGCUGUGAAAAUCGUCGAUGUUGUGGCAUUCACUUCAUCCCCCGGCCUAUCCAUCGACGACCUAAAACGAGAGACGACAAUUUGCGACAUGCUCAAACACGAGCACAUUGUCGAACUCAAAGAAGUCUACUCAAGCACCGGCUUUCUCUACAUGAGGGUUUUUUAUGAGUGCUUCCUUGGGUAA